GGCGGGUCAAGGACAGCAGAAGGAUUCACGCAGUCGAGCCCUCCCUGAAUUCGCAGCCCCCACGUGUGGGAUCAUCGCUCCCCAUCCCGCAGGAUUUCCCAUUCCCAGCCCCUGGGAGGCUGCGAGGAAGAGGAAGAUGCCCCGGUACAGCCAGGCAGGUGAGGAGGAAGUCAGUGCCCCUUUCCCCCUCUCUCCUGCUCCAUCUCCCAGCCCAGCACGGCCCCCGGCUGCAGGACAGCCCCGCUGCCGGUGCCGUCCUGCCGGGGACGCACUGGGAGGAUCUCCUUGCCCUUCCCUGUGGCACGGAGGCAAAUCCCAUCCUCUCCUUGUCCUUCCUCCCCCAGAGCAGGAGCUGAGGAUGGAGAGCAGGGAGGACAAAUCCCCGCGGCAGAACCUCGUGGAAGAGGCCGUUUUGAGCGGCUCCACGGUGCAGGAACCCAGCGGGGAGGAAAAGCCCCGGAGAUGCCGCACGAGGAGGGGCUGCAAACGCAGAUCACAGGGAUCUGAGGAGGAAAGACCCACCCUGGGCUGGGGAGGCGGCCGGAGAUGGAGCCAGAGCUCGGAGCUGGUGGUCCAUGAGCAGCUCCAGGAUGGGGAGAAGCCCCACAAGUGCUCAGAGUGUGGGAAGAGCUUCAGGUGGAGCUCCCAGCUGAUCGUGCACCGGAGGAUCCACACUGGGGAGAGGCCCUACGAGUGUGGGGAGUGUGGGAAGAGAUUCCGAUGGAGCUCUGAUGUGAUCAAGCACCAGAGGACCCACACUGGGGAGAGGCCCCACAAGUGUGGGGAAUGUGGGAUGAGCUUCAGCCGGAGCUCCCACCUGAUCAGGCACGAGAUGAUCCACACCGGGGAACGGCCCCAUGAGUGUGGGGAAUGUGGGAAGAGCUUCAGGCAGAGCUCCAGCCUGAUCAGGCACCAGAACAUCCACAGUGGACAAAGGCCAUACAAGUGUGGGGACUGUGGGAAGAGCUUCAGGCUGCGUUCUGACCUGAUUGUCCACCAGAAGAUCCACACUGGGGAGAGGCCCUACGAGUGUUCCCAGUGUGGGAAGGGGUUUCUGAUGACCUCCUAUCUCCUCCGGCACUAUCGGAGUCACUCAGAGGAGAGGCCCUUCUGCUGCCCUGACUGUGGGAAGGGAUUCAAGCACAACUCCCAUCUCAUCAGCCACCGGCGCAUCCACACCGGGGAGAGGCCCUACGAGUGUCCCCAGUGUGGGAAGAGCUUCUCACAGCGCUCUAACUUGACCCAACACCAACAGAGGCACCGGUAAGGGAAGCCCUGUGAGUGCCCCGUGUGCGGGAAGAGCUUCGUGCGCUGCUCCAGCUCCAUCCCCCACUGCAGGACCCAGGUUGGGCACAGCCCUGGUGACCCACAUUCC